GCCCUCUUUGAAAAUCCCAAAUUCGUUAUCAAAAUAAUAAAACAUAAGUCAGAGUUCUCGAAAAUCCCAAAUUCGUUAUCGGCCAUUAUGACUCCUACUCUUCUGCCAGAGUUCUUCAAGAAACUCCAAACACAAACCCUAAAAUCCCAAAUUCGUUUUCCAUAGAAAAAAAUCAAUCGACUCAGUUUUUUUGUUGCCCUCUCUCUCCCUGAUUCUCUCCCGAAUUCCUUCCUAGAUUAUCCUAAUUGAUUGAAUUUCUCAACUUCGUCUAUGCUUAGUUCGUAACCUCGGGGAUUUGUUCGAAAAAAGCCCGAUUUAUGCUGAGAUUUGUUUGAGAGAAGAUCAAUUUCCGCAGAUAUUUGUUCGAGAGAAGGCCGAUUUCUGCUUACUGAUAGCAUGGAUAAUGAUAGGAGUUGGAUGCAUAUACAAGGGUUGAGAAAUCGGCUACAACCAACUUAUCGAAAUGGUGUUCAAAAUUUUCUCGAUUUUGCUUUCAAAGACACAAUCCCUAAUACCGGGGCUAAGAAAAGGUGUCCUUGUUUGAAGUGUCGAAAUUACAUCGACCAUAAUCGAGAGACAAUGCGGGCUCAUCUUUUGCGAGUAGGAAUGGAGCCUGACUAUAAUCCGUGGAUAUUCCAUGGAGAAGAACAACUUGACAUGGGAAACAUGGAAAUGUCCGAGGAGGAAGGUGAUUUGUUUGAUGAUGAAGAUCCUCUCGUAUCCGAGGAGAUGGCUGCUUUGGUGCAUGAUGCCACAAAUGUAGUGCCCGAGAAUUUGAAUGAUAGAGAUGAAGAGGAUAAAGACCAUCCUGAAAUUCCUGAUAAGUUUUAUAGGUUAAUGAAAGAUGCAGAAGAAGAAUUAUUCUCGGGUUGUAAAACCUUUUCAAGGUUGGAGUUCAUCGUAACUCUCUUACAUCUCAAGGUUAGUGGACAUUGGCAUGAUAAGUCCUUUACUUUGCUGCUUAGUGCGUUACAUAAGGCCUUCAAUUAUGAUCCUAAAUUUCCAAAGAGCUCCCGUGAAGCCCAGAAGUGCACAAAAGAUCUUGGGUUGAAUUAUGUGAAGAUCCAUGCUUGUGUAAAUCAUUGCAUUCUUUAUAGAAAGGAGUAUGAAAAUGUCGAUUCAUGCCCUACUUGUGAGGAGUCCAGAUGGAAAGAAGGUAGUGGUGAAUUUGAUGAUAGUGUCACAUUUUCGGAAUCUCAAGGGACCUCACAACGGAUUCCUAGAAUACCUCGUCUAGUUCUUCGUUAUUUUCCUUUAGUUCCUAGGCUUCAAAGGCUUUUUAUGUCUUCAAAAAUUGCUAAGCACAUGAGAUGGCAUAAGGAUAGGAAGCGAGUUGAUAAGGACGUAUUAAGGCAUCCAUCUGAUUCAAAGGCAUGGGAGAAGCUCGAUGAUUCAUUUCCUGAUUUUGCAGCAGAUCCACGUAAUGUGAGAUUAGGUCUUUCAACUGAUGGUUUCAAUCCUGGUGCACAUUUAGGCACUAAGUACAGUAUAUGGCCAGUCUUUUUAGUGCCAUAUAAUCUCCCACCAUGGAUGUGUAUGACAAGUCCUUACAUCAUGCUAUCACUCUUAAUUCCUGGUCCAAAGUCCCCCGGAAAUGAUAUAGAUGUGUUCUUGGAGCCGUUGAUCGAUGAAUUUCAAGAGUUAUGGGAAGUUGGGGUGAAAACUUAUGAUUCACAUAGUCGCCAAAAUUUUAAUAUGAAGGCAGCGCUAUUGUGGACAAUGAGUGAUUUUCCUGCUUACGGGAAUCUGUCUUGUUGGAGUACUUGUGGUAAACUUGCUUGCCCAACAUGUCAUAAGCAUACUUGGCACAAGCGGUUAAAGCAUGGAUCGAAAGAAUGCUUUAAAGGUACUCGUAUGUUCUUGGAACCCGAUCAUAGGUGGAGAAAUGACAAGAAAUCUUUUGAUGGGGAAAAGGAGAGACGACCACCUCCUAUUCCUUUGUCAGGGGAUGAGAUAUUAGAGGCAUUUGAUGGUGUCCCCAAUGUGAUUUUUGGGAAGAAGCGAAAGAGAACCGAUCGAUACUUGUUUGACCAAUGGAAGAAGUUGAGCAUCUUCUUUAGACUUCCUUAUUGGAGUAAGCUUUUGAUAAGACACAACUUAGAUGUCAUGCAUAUUGAAAAGAACAUUUGUGACAGUAUAUUAGGAACAAUACUUGAUAUUCCUAACAAGAAAAAAGACACCUUGAAAGCUCGAAAGGAUUUGAAGGAGAUGAAUGUGCAUCAUAAUUUAAUUCCUAUUAAGAUAGGUGAUAAAUAUGCCAUCCCUAGAGCACCAUAUCAGUUGACAUCUAUAGAGAGGCGUAAAGUAUUGGAGUUCUUGUCCAAGGUUAAAGUGCCAGAUGGUUACUCUUCUAACAUAGCUCGAUGUGCAAGUAUGGAAGACGGAAAAAUCUCAAACAUGAAAAGUCAUGAUUGUCAUGUGUUCUUGCAAGAUUUGCUUAAACCGGCAUUUCAAGGUAUCUUACCUAAGGAGGUGCUAGAACCUUUGGUUGAGCUUAGCUUAUUUUUUAAGCAAUUAUGUUCUAAAACUCUAAAAAUUGAUGUGUUGGAGAAGAUGGAAAAGAGUAUUGCAAUUACUCUUAGCAAGCUUGAAAAGGUAUAAGACCAAAGAGGGCGCUUAUUAUUAUUUGCCCUGAAAAGCUAAUACGACGGUUGUAACAGGGCGAUGUUGAGGGCGAUUAUAGGGUCGCCUUUGUAGCUUAACAGGGCGAUAUUUUGAUCAAAGAGGGCGACUUAUUUCGCCCUCUUUGGUCUUAUAUGUUGUAGUGGGUACAAAAUAGUAAUGUUCCGCAAAUAGGAAGAUAUUGUCACAAAAUAGUUACAUCCCAAUUUUAAGUAUUGAAUUAUGAAUGUAUGAUUUCGAUCUAUUUUUUAUAGACCAAGAUUAUAUUUCCUAAGUAACCAAAACAAGAAGAAAAAAAAUAGUUUUAUUUUUAGAAUUACAAAGUUUAUAGAUUAUCGAACAAAUCACCCUUGUCAAUUAGUUGUUUAGAGAGUUUAAAAUCAGAUUCGGCGCUAAAAAGUCCUGAAAACACAGGAGGAGGUAUAGU